AAUUCUUCCGACUACGUUGAAGUAGGCUAUAUAAUCCGGACAAGAGGCUCUAGAUUUUCUUUUUUGAAAUUGUGAAUAUAGUAUCCAUCUACUUUGCUUUCUUUCAAAUCUUUAUUGAAGAAAUAUAUCUAUUACAUACUCGAUCCCUACUAUACAACAUAUAUACAAGUCUUCCCUGAAGCAUCAGCCAUGCCGACUGAAUCAAGUACUCUCAGUUUCCACUGUGCGCUGGUCACCGGCGGAGGCGGAGGUAUAGGCAAAGCGAUUGCCAAGUACUUCAUUUCCCAGGGCAAAAAGGUUAUCAUUGCUGGGCGGACUGAAUCAACGCUCCGCGAGACGGCGAAGGAGAUCGGAGCGGCGGAUUACUAUGUUCUUGAUACGGGAGUCGUGGGGACAUUCCCGGACUUUGUAUCACGGAUUACGAGCGAGCAUCCGGAGCUGGACUGUUUGGUGAAUAAUGCCGGGGUACAGAGGCCGUUGGAUCUGGUGGAUGAGGACAAGGUGGAGGAUGUGUUGGGGAGGGCGGAUCAGGAGAUUGAUAUCAAUGUGCGGGGGGUGAUGCAUCUGACUUUGGGGCUGUUGGGGCAUUUUAAGAAAAAGGAGGGAGGGGCGGUGGUGAUGAAUGUGUCGUCGGUGUUGGGGUUCGUGCCGUUUGCGGUGGUGAAUCCGGUGUAUUGUGGGACGAAGGCGUGGGUGCAUUUUUGGACGAUGAAUUUGAGGACGCAGUUGAGGAAGGCUGGGUUGGGGCGGAUUCGUGUGGUGGAGAUUGCGCCGCCGACGGUGGAGACCGAUUUGCAUCGUGAGAGGGAGGAUCCGGAUGAUAAUAAGAAGGAGAAGAAUCCGAGUGCGUUGUCGUUGGAGGAGUUUAUGCAGGAGGUGGCAGGAAUGUUGGAACGGGGAGAGGAGGUUAUUGCCCCUGGAAUGAGUGGGGAGUUGGUCCGCGGUUGGUAUGAGCAGUUUGGAGGCGUUUAUGAUAAGAUAACUGCUUAGGGUACGCAGUAGUAGGAUGGUUGGGUCGGCACUAGGCGG